AUUUUUAAGAAAUGUAAUAACUUUUUAAUUCUUCAAGAUAAUACAAUCAAACAACUUUCAUUUCCGUUGUUAAAAAAAUCUCAAGGACUUGCACAACAAAACUUUCACAAUUAGCAGCUGCCAUCCGAGGUUCAAUCUGAGAAGAUGCCACUCGUACAGCUACAAGAGGAAGGAAAGAAUAUGCCAGAAGUUUCAAAACGCCAUCCAGGGGUACGGGAAGAAAACGGAAGUGAGAGAGCAUAAAUACAAGACAGGGCGAGAUGUCACUGGGGACCCGUCGACCACAUGGCGAUGACAUGCAACAGGACAUCGCCGACAGUCACACACCAACGGGGGCCAUCAUCAAUGUGGCCAGUCAGAGUCAGAUUGACGGUCAGCCUCAGGGAAACGAAGCUACAAAUCAGGAAGUGGGAUUUCAGCUCUGAAAAUCUCAUUUGAAUUUUAAUGAACGCAAAUAAAUUUGUAGCCAUACUGCACCAUUUCAACAAAAAAGUUUCAUAUGAACAAAUGUUUUAAAUUGUGUUUUAAUUUAAUUUUACUAGACGAUUUUAUAUCUUUUUUUACACGGUAGAAAUUAUUUUUUAUCUGCGGCCAAAAAAAAAAAAAAGAUUGGUUCUCAGGCCCCACCGCAUUAAAGUUAAACCCACCACAUAUAAAUUUUUUUGGUAAAAUUUAUCAGAGUAUUUCAGAAAUCGUUACUUUGUCAUGACAGAUUUUAAAUUUAGAACGUCUAGAUCUCUAUCAUGAAAGUGUUUUGAAAUACAAACCAUUAACUUAUUAUAGGACACCGCUCAAAAUAGACUUAGAUUUAAUAAACAUGCUUUGGUGCGGUGACGGAGAGUCAUGGCACUGUUAUCGUGUCAGAUUACUUGUGGAGCCAAUAUUCUGAUGCCUUGGAGUAUAAUUGGAAAUUACAGCACCGAUUUAUAUCUCUUGGAAAUUUAUUUAAUGCUAUUUGAGACGGUCACAUUGGACCAGGAUGGUGGACUUUUCCAUCAAAGUACACAAGUUAUGCAUUUGAAGCAUCGAUUGGAAUAUCAAAUGUCUUGAUCUUGAUUCUUUUCACAGAAUGAUAUUGUCGGUUGGCAUCAACGAAACUGUUAAUUUGUAUGGAAGAUAUGUCAGAUUUAAUCUUGUGGAAAAUUCAGAUGGAGUUAAGAGUGAUGACAGACAAAAUUCAGAAUCAAGUCAAGGUAAGGCACAAAGUGCUUUUGAUGAUCUCAUGAUGGCACACAGGAAAAUGAUCUUAACCAAACCAUACUCAGAAGAUACAAAGAUCUCAAACAAUACGAGAGUGCUGUUCAAUAAGAUUCUGUGUAUGAUUCAGAAAGCAGGGUCAUCCCUUACACAUUCAUCUCUGGAAUCAGGUACAACAUUAAUACACACCCUCACAGACUGUUUAUGGUAUAUAGAUCCCUUCUCACACAGAAUGGAAGAAAGACACUGUAAUCUCCCUCUCAUAUUUGAACAUCUCGCAGGUUUCAAUAACCAAGCUAGACACAAGCACAAGAAAGAAGAUAUCAGAUAUCCUGCCUUGCAGUCUCAUGUAGCCAAAUUAGAGUUAGCUUUAGAGAGUACAUUUCUUAAUGGGCCUCUGUGGUAUUCCAUCAAGAAAGCUUUGUGUGAAUUGUCGGAAAUGUGUAACAAAUACUGUAUCUAUUUGAAAGAUGAUGCUUAAAGAUCCAGUGAAAAUA